AUGCCUUCUCACAAGACCUUCAGCACCGAUGAUAUUCCAGACUUCUCUGGAAAGGUCAUCAUAGUCACAGGAGGCAAUGCCGGACUCGGUUACGAGAGCUGUCUCCAGUUCGCUUUGCACGGCUCUCCUCGAAUCUUCAUGGGAGCUCGCAGCCGUGAGAAAGCCGAAGCAGCCAUCGCCUCGAUCAAAGUCCAAGCGCCCACCGCCGACAUCACUCAUCUGCCCAUGGACCUCUCCGACCUCUCCUCCGUGAAGCAAGCCGCAGAAACCUUUCUCGCGACUUCCACACGCCUGGACAUUCUCAUGAAUAAUGCCGGCAUCAUGGGUUGUCCUCCAGCUCUCACCAAAGAUGGAUUUGAAGUGCAGCUUGGUACGAACCACGUUGGACAUGCUCUGCUCACAAAGCUGCUUCUUCCCAUCCUUCAGAAGACCGCGCAAUCCGCCGAGGAUGGAGGGAAACCAUCAGACGUUCGAAUCGUCAACGUAUCCUCGGCUGCUCACUUGAUGGCGCCCAAGCAGGGGCUCGUCCUGGAAGCCGCACUGACACCCAUGUCCGACUACCAGUGCAUGGUUCGAUACGGACAGAGUAAAUUAGCCAACAUCUACUUCACGCAGGAGCUGGCGAAGCGAUAUCCCUCCAUACGAAGCAUCUCACUGCAUCCCGGCGUUGUGAAGACAAAUCUACUGCAGAGCGGCAUCAAGGAAUCGUAUUCGUGGGUGCCGGAGGUGGUAUGGUCUUUGGUGGCGAGGUUGACCAGUGUUUCCCGGGCGAACGGAACGUUGAAUCAGUUGUGGGCGUCGUGCAGUAAGGAUGCGAAGAGUGGAGAGUAUUAUGAUCCGGUGGGAAAGGUCGGGAAGAAAGCGGCGGUUGUGAAGGACGAGAGCAAGGCCGCGAUGCUGUGGGGGUGGACUGAGGAGCAGUUAUCAAAGAGAGGAUUCUGA